AUGGCGUCGAAAAAAGAUCCAGCAUGGCACAGGAAGAGGAGAAAGAGUGAGAGCCCACCUCCUGCAAUGGCAGGAAGUGAUUCCUCAUUCCCAGAGCUGAACUUGGUGUUGUGUGGAAGUGACGAAGCACUGAAGACCUCCAUAUCAGAUCUCAUAUUGGGCCUGAGAAAGGUGAAGACUGGAGAAGUCUGUGGACACCGUCUCAGGCUGGAGGUGAUGCCAGCUCUCUACAACACUCAGCUCUCAGACAAGGAAGUGAUGAACAAGAUUCUCCACUGUUUCUCUCUUGAUAAUCCUGUCCACGCUUUUCUUUUCCUCGUUCCUGUUGGUCCUCUCACAGAUGAUGACAAAGGAGAAAUCGAGAUGAUUCAGAGAACAUUUGGUUCAAGUGCUGAGGGUAAAAACUCUGACUCAACUUUGAGAUUAUUACUGAUUGGAAGAACAGGAAAUGGGAAAAGUGCAACAGGAAACACCAUUCUUGGAAGAGAAGAAUUUGAGAGUGACAUCUGCAUGAAUUCUAUGACAAAAAUGUGUCAGAAGGGCAUUGGAGAAGUGCAGGGCAGAUCAGUAGCUGUUGUGGACACUCCAGGACUCUUUGACACCACACUCUCAAAUGAAGAGGUAACAGAAGAAAUUGGGAAGUGUGUCUCAAUGCUGGCACCAGGACCCCAUGCCUUCAUCAUUGUGCUGAGUGUGGACAGGUUUACUGAAGAAGAGAAAGUAACAGUGAAUCUGAUUAAGAAGAUGUUUGGUCCUGAGGCUGCAAAGUACAGUAUAGUGCUGUUUACUAGAGGAGAAAAACUGAAAAAUAAAACACUUGAAGAUUAUCUCAAAACCAAUGAUCAUGCAUAUGUGAACAAGUUAAUCAGAGACUGUGGUGGAAGAGUUCACUUAUUUAAUAACUGUACAGAAGAUACCGCCCAAGUUAACAAGCUUCUCCAAAUGAUUGAAGAAAUGAUACAUUUCAACAGAGACAAUUAUUUUACUAAUGAGAUGUUUGAGAUGGUGGAGAUGUCGAUACAACAGAAACAAAAGCAGAUGCUUAAGGAGAUAGAGGAGCAGAUGCAAGCUGAAAAAGAGGCUCUGAAGGUCAGAUAUGAAGAAGAACUGGAACAGAUGAGAAAGCAAUUGGAAGAGGAAAGACAUGAAAGGGAAAAUGCGUUUAAGGAGCGAGAAGAAGCAUUGAGGAGAGAGUAUGAGAAGAAAGAAGCAGAGCAGAAAGAGAAAUGGAAGAAAGAAAAACAAAUAAGAGAAGAAGAGGAAAAACGACAAACUGCAGAGAAUAAACGCAAGUUGGAUGAGAUGACGGAAGAACUAGGCAAUCAAAAAGCAAAAUAUGAGGAAGAGCAAAAGAGAAGAAAAGAACAGGAAGAAGAGAGAGAAAAUUUAAACAGAAAAAUGAAGGAGGCAAAAAGUCAGGAUGAUACUGAAAGGAUACUGAGAGAACAGGAGACGCGAUGGACAGAGCAGAUGAGAGAAAGGGAUGAAGAAUUCAAGCGAAUAAAAGAGAGACAUGCUGAAGAACUAAGAGCACAAGAGAUAAAUCAGGAGCAAAUGAGGAAAAAAUUUGAAAAGGAAAGAGAACAAGAGAGAAAUGAGCAGCAAGAAACAGAACGGAGGAAAAGGGAGCAAAUAGAGAAAGAGUAUAAAGAAAGCAAAGAGAAAAUAUUGCAGGUGUAUGAGGAACGGGAAAAAAGGAUGGGAGGCGAACUGAAUCCUGUACCCUCUUCUAUGGUAUCUGGGACCCACUGA